AUGGUCACUGACUGCCUCACCGGGCUGAGAGCUGCGGCUGCCGGUGGUAGUGGUAGUGGCGAGAUGCAUUCCGAAGUCGGCGUCAUCCUCGUCCAUGCGUACCAGGUAGUCGUCCGGAGACAUGUCGAAUUUAAUGCGCCUCCCGAGCAUGUCGACGAACACAAACGAGAUGGUGGGCAGCGAGUUGGCAUUGGAGCAGUCCCCGGAAAGCGACAGUUUCUGCAGCAGUGGCCCUACGACCUCGGAGGGGCCCGAAAUGAGACUGCUCCCGGUGUCUAUGGCCGCGUUGUAUUUACGCUGCAGCUCCAUUGGCUUGCCGUCGAUCAGGAUGGAGUCCAUCUCGAUCUCCCAGAAAUCAGUGGAGACCACGGGGAACCACCAUGGGCUGUGCCCCGGGAGCACGUACAUUGGGUCGAUGCUCCCGAACGACAGCGUGCCGGGUUGUGUGCGAUCUUUGGUCAUGUAGAAUGCCAUGAUGUUGCGAUUGAGCAGUUUCUGCACGCGGAUGAGUUUUUAAAAGCGGAUGCCGGUAACCCACCUGCUUGA